CAGCUUUGAAAAAAAGAAUAGUCAUGCAAAACGAUUCAAGUAAAAAGAUGCGAAAAUUAUAACUGUAGUCUCAGACAACUCAUUUUGAGAACAUAAAUUUGUAAAAAAAGUAGUGAAUCUAUUACUGAAAAAAAAAAAUAUGUGUGAGAGCAUUAACCUAUCAAAUACAACAGCGUCUUUUGACACAUGGAAAAAACCAACUAUUAAUGAAUCAACAUUUCGAGCUGGGCUAGUUGUUAAUAAUUCUCUAAGCGGGAGUAAAGUUGAAUUUAUUCCAGCACUUCCCGGAAAACAUAUUAAAUGGUAUGCUUGCGGUCCAACGGUGUAUGAUGUGGCGCAUAUGGGUCACGCUAGAACAUAUAUUUCCUUUGAUGUUAUUCGACGUAUUCUUCGUGAUUAUUUUGGAUACGAUGUUUUUAUGUGCAUGAAUAUAACCGAUAUUGAUGAUAAAAUUAUCCAACGAAGCAACGAAAAAGGCGUUGAUUUUUCGAUGCAUGCAAGAUACUAUGAAUCUUUAUUUUGGAAAGAUAUGCAAGAGCUUAAUGUUGAAUUACCUGAUAUUAUUACUCGCGUCUCCGAAUAUAUACCUGAAGUGAUUGAAUUCAUUGAAGGGAUUAUACAGAAUGGAUAUGGUUACGUUUCUGAGGGUAGUGUCUAUUUUAAUACCCAGGUUUUUCGACAAUCCGAUAAUCAUGUUUAUGGUCGAAUGGAACCUUUCUCAGUCAACGAUGAGGCGAGAGUUCUUGAAGGAGAAGGACAUUUAUCAGUGGUGUCGGAGAAACGCUGCCCUCUUGAUUUCGCACUUUGGAAAAAAUCGAAAACAGGCGAGCCUUUUUGGAUUUCUCCUUGGGGUAAUGGUCGCCCAGGAUGGCAUAUUGAGUGUUCGGCGAUGGCUAGCAAAGCAUUAGGAUCCUCUAUAGAUAUUCAUUCUGGCGGCAUUGAUUUAAGAUUUCCUCAUCAUGAUAAUGAAUUAGCCCAAUCAGAAGCGUAUUUCGAUAAUUCGCAAUGGGUCAAUUAUUUCCUGCAUUCAGGACAUCUUCAUAUAAAAGGAAGUAAAAUGUCAAAAAGUUUAAAAAAUUUUAUAACCAUUCAAGAAUGUUUAAAGCAUUUUUCUCCGAGAACUUUACGCUUACUAGUGCUUAUUCACAAAUGGGAUGCUCCGAUGAAUUAUUCAUCCGACGGAGAAUCCUUAGACAUUGUUACCGAAAUUGACAAAAUUUUUGCUAAUGUUUUCUCUGUCGCUUCCUUUUACUUGCGGUCAACAACCGCGAGUUCCGAAUCUGUACAGGAACCAUCUAGGAAUUCGACAAAGGAAGAACUGAAGGAAUUAAAAGGACUUAUGGGAAAUCAAAAGUGGAAUCAAACAGAUUUAGAUUUCCAUCAGCAAAUUAUAAAUACACAUCAACUGGUUGAUGAAGCUUUAAAAGAUAAUUUUAAAACACCUGCCGUUUUGAAUUUUUUACGACAAUUAGUCACUCAAAUUCAUUGUUACAUUAAUAAUGCCAAUGAAGGUGUAAAAGGGUCUCUUGUGAUUAAAGCAUCACGAUUUAUUUUUCGCGUAUUAAAAAUUUUAGGAGUUACAAACGGGAAUGAAAUGACUUUAGACUAUUUAAAUCUUAACAUUCCAGACUCCGCUAACAAUGAAGCCACUUUGGUCGAUGUUUUAUCAAAGUAUAGACAACAGGUUAGAGUCAAUUCACAGAAUUUUCUAAAAUCAAUAAAAAAUUCACCUGAUCCGUCAUUUCUUCCACAAGAAAUGAUAUCUUUUGCUCAAAACCUUUUGAAAAUUUCAGAUGAAAUAAGAGAUGGACCACUCGUAGAUAUGGGUUUUAAGUUGGAAGAUGGAUCCCAGGAAUGUUUAUGGAAAAGAAUUGAUAUAAAGGGUGAGUCUCAGGAGGUCACAAAGGCAACGAUGAAAGGCCAAUUAAAAAAAGAACAAAAAGAAGCAACACAAAAACAACACGAAAUCAAUCGUUCCCGUAAAGAAAACGAAAUCAAAAUACCACCAAGAGAUUACUUUAUAACUCUAAAUCCUAAUAUAUAUGGUGAAGUAGACAAGGAUGGUGUUCCUGUAUCAUAUGCUAAUGGUGAGGCUUUAAGUUUAACUUAUCGACGCAAAUUAGCAAAGCUUUUGGAAAAACAUACUAAAAAACAUCAGGAUUGGUUAGCGUCUAUCGAUCAAGGAAACUCAAGUGUUAUUGAAUAGGCAUUCUGGAAGAAGACAAGUUAAUUUUUGCUUCUUUUUUAAUAGUUUGUCAUUUUUGAUUCAUAUUAAUGUCAAUGUGUAACAUGACAUCUUUAAUGAAAAAUUACUCAAAUUUCUUCCCAUUCCUGUAAAAGUC